UAUUUCUUAAAAUUGUGCUCUAAAGUGAUUAAUAAUAGUGAAUUCAAAAUGGCAGAUACUGUAGCUACGUCUCCUGCAAUCGUUGCGGAAAAAAAACCAAAAAAAGCUGCCGCCGCAAGUGGGUCAAAAAAACCAAAAUCGGCACCAACUCAUCCUCCGACUCAGCAAAUGGUGGAUGCGGCAAUUAAAACAUUGAAAGAUCGCGGUGGUUCUUCCCUUUUGGCAAUCAAAAAAUAUAUUGCUGCUACUUACAAAGUUGAUGUACAAAAACUUGCUCCGUUUAUAAAAAAAUAUUUAAAAGGUGCUGUAAUAAGUGGUAAAUUAGUGCAAACCAAAGGAAAAGGAGCUGCGGGUUCUUUUAAAUUAUCGCCUAGUGCCAACAAGGAACCAAAGGCCAAGUCUGCUGAGAAGAAAAAAUCUGCCGCCAAACCAAAAGCUGCCGCUGCUGGUGACAAAAAAUUAAAAAAAGUGUCUGGUGAAAAGAAAGUAAAAAAAGUAGCCGCCACAACAAAAAAAAGUGCCAGUGCAGAUAAAAAGAAGGUGGAAAAACCAAAAGUGAAAAGUGUUAAAAAAACGAGUGCAGUUAAGGCAAAGCCAACAAAAGCAAAGGCAGCCGCGCCUAAACCUAAAGUGCCAAAAGCAAAAUCAGCCACAGCAGCAGCCAAGCCAAAAAAGGCAGUCGCUGUUAAAAAGGCAAAGAAGUAAAAUUUCCAUUUCAAUGAAAAACAAAGUUGAAAUCAAAACAAAAAUCCACAGUCCUUUUCAGGGCUACAAAAAAUAUACUAAAAUGAGAUAUAAAAACUUUUUUUUUUUAAUUUUUUAUUAAAAAGGAGGGAGAAUUUUUGGACUAUCUCGAUGAUAGCGUUGAGAUGC